UACCAGCAUGCAGGGGACAUGGUGGCUGCCAUUUCACUCACUUUAAAACAAUGCAACAGACCAGACCUGGCAACCCCGGCUGCUCUCGUCCUGCAGGCACUACAGGAGCUGUGUCGAGCAGAGGUGGUGGAUAUUAUCUCAGCAUGGAGAACUGUUUGGCCUGAGCUCAGCUGUCACUCACAGCCAGGAGUGGUUCAAGCCAUGGCUGAGCUUUUGGCUCUGGUGCCUCAGCUCACAGUUAAAUCAGAGCAGUACGAGGUGCGUCAUAACGUUCAUGUUCCUCUGUGUUGAGGAGCUAACAGAGUGACACAGGAACUCCACCAGGUUAUGUUUUUCUCUGUGGUUCUGUCUGUAAACAGGACUCUCACCAGCUG